AUGGUAAACGUCUUCACUAUCUACAAUGUUGAUAACGUGCACCUUGAAGAUCUGUGCCUUGCUGGGCUUCCUACUCCUUUUCAAACCCAUCGAAAGUUGGGAUUUCGGCUGUACCGUCAACGGAAGCCUAGCGUCGUGUCCUUCAGCAUGUCCUGAAACCUGCGAGUACUCUGGUAUAGGACCCUGCGUAGAUAUGUGCGGCGGUCCUUGUGUGUGUAAGCCGGGAUAUGUAAUCAAUGAGAGGAUUCCGGCUUGUGUUCUGCGAUCAGAUUGCCCCAAAGAUGUGAUUCGUAAGGAACAAAUGACAGAAGGUCUAUUCAAUUUUAAAUGCUUUAGCAGAAAUUUAAAGUGUGUUGGGGAAUUUUUUAAAACAAGAAGGUAAUCUUGAAAUUAAAAUGCAGUAAAAUGCCUUUUUUGUAAUGCGUUUUCGAUUUAUAAAACAAUAGUAAAUUGUAAUCUGUAGAUACGGUUUUAAAUUCCUUAAUGCCGAAAUAAACAGUAAAAGAAAUACAUCA